GGUUCACGUUGCUAAAACCACGCAAUCUGUCGGGGUGGGCCACAGCAUGUGCAGCGCAGCAGCCGCCGCGUCGGUGCCCCAGCGCCGCGCGCAGGACCAUUACCUACAGUACAAGUUGCCGAUUGUUUCUGACCAGGGUUGCUACCUCUGUCCUCAACCCCCACAUUGCUCCUCAGUAGAUCAACAGCUUCUGGUUCAUAUGGAUGCUAGCAUUACCUUCUACCAAAAAAGAAAUAGGAAACAGAAGCGAUAUAGCAUAUUCCUAUCCGCAGCCCCAGAUUUUCUCGCCUUGCCUUGCAGGCCUGCAACAGCUGCGCUUGUUUCCUUUCCGCUGUUAGGGCUGCUGAGGGAACCCGGUGACCCUGGGAGGCGGCCAAAAUUACGAAGACAGACCUGCCACAGGCCACAUGCUCUUUGACGCCCACAUUACCCAACUCAGGGUCAUCACUACCACCCGCCUAUCCUCGGUAUUACAUCCGGUGCUCUCUCCUGUCUCAUAACUCCUAGGGGAAGCUUUGGAGUCUUCGGUUUUCCGUCGAACGCUCUAUCACAAAGGCUCACCGGCUUGUGUUGCGCGAACAAUGGCUUAAAAGUCACAACAUGGGCAAUUCGUCACGGAACCUGUGUUACUGACGACUCGUGGCCGCGUGACCUAGCUCAUCUACCUAACUACCUACCUUACCUACCUACCUAUCCUAGCUAAAGCUUGGCUCAAGCUGUGACUCCGUACUGCCUCCUGCUAGAGUAGUAUUAUUACUACCGCGUCACUUUGACAGCCAAACUUUGGACUCCUUCCCACUCGAGAACAUACUUCAUCGCUACGAGUAGGACGGUACAGUUCGGGCAAGCAUAGGGCUCUGACUGGCAUAGUCAAGUCAGCCUUGUUGGACGGCGCCCCCGACCCUUCCUUAUAUUCAGGAGUGGUAGCAUUAUGGAUGUCAAGCAGACAAUAGAGGGCGUUCACGCCAUCACCGGUGGAACCGCGACUCUAGGGAUCCUCAAGCUUACCGACUAUCAUAUCAUAUUUUGCGUACCUCCUCCGCCCGGCAGUCCGUCGAACACUCGCCCUAGAGAAAACUUUAUUUCGUAUCCAAUCCUGAACCACUGCGCAUUUCGGCCAACCCCGCCGUCGAGUGGAAUACCUUCGUCGAUAAGGCUGCGGUGCCGCGACUUUAGUUACGUCACUUUCAAUAUCCCCGACGACAAGACCGCUCGUGAAGCAUUCGACUUCAUCAAAACCAGAACUUGCAAGCUGGGGGCCAUCGAGAAGCUUUAUGCGUUCAUCUAUCAACCAACAAGACCUGAAAGAGGGCUGAACGGCUGGGCUUUAUAUGAUUCACGGGAUGAAUUUCGGCGCCAAGGGGUGAGCGCAAAGGCGAGAGAUCUCGGGUGGAGGAUAUCGGAUAUCAACAAGGACUACGUCUUUUCUCCGACAUACCCGUCCGUUCUCGUCGUGCCGACGUCGAUCUCGGACAAUGUCCUUAAAUACGCCGCUAAUCAUCGAUCGCGCGCCCGAAUUCCUACCCUGACAUACUUGCAUCCUGUAAACAACUGUGCGAUCACGCGGAGCUCGCAGCCCUGCGUGGGGCUACGUGGCAAUCGCAGCAUACAGGAUGAGCGCCUCGUCGGUGCCUGCUUCUCGGCUGCCAUUGCGGACUCGGGCGCCGGCGGUUCAUUCGAAUCCAGUCCGUCAAAUAGCCAAACAGAUGCGGCCGUGGUGUCCGUGCCUGAGCCAGGUCUCACCGAGACGGAUCGUCACGAAGAUGCAGCGGUCGGCGGCCCUGGUACCACGUUUGAGUUUGAUGAGAAAACCGGGAAGAGGGUUAUCUACGGCGCCACGCGGCAGAAUCUGAUCGUUGAUGCAAGACCUGCUAUCAAUUCUUACGCGAUGCAGGCUAUAGGGCUGGGUUCUGAGAACAUGGACUACUAUAAAUUUGCAAAGAAGGUCUUUCUUAACAUCGACAACAUCCACGUGAUGCGAGCGGCUCUUAACAAGGUCAUUGAGGCCAUCAAGGAGGCCGAUGUAUCUCCUUUGCCUCCCAACAAGGAACUUCUCGCAAAGAGCGGCUGGCUAAAGCACAUUAAUGGCAUCCUGGAGGGCUCUCACUUAAUUGCUCGACAGGUUGGUAUUUACCAUUCGAAUGUAUUGAUACACUGCUCAGACGGUUGGGAUCGCACAAGCCAGCUCAGUGCACUUUCACAGAUCAUGCUGGAUCCCUUCUACAGGACAAUCGACGGGUUCAUAAUAUUAGUGGAGAAGGACUGGCUAUCGUUUGGACACAUGUUCCAGCGACGAUCGGGCUUUCUUAACCACGAACAGUGGUUUGUCACGCAAAACGAUGCCAUGGCAGGAGUAAGAAUCGAACCGAACGAGAAUGAAAGCCGCGGCGAGGCCUUGGAGAAUGCAAUGGCUUCAGCAAGGCGAUUCUUCUCAAAGAAUUUGACCCAGGACAAGGACGACUCUGAUGGCGAGGGGGGGGAAGGCUAUAAUGCAAAGAAUGCAACAGCGCCAGUCUCGGAGGAUCAGGCUACCCGGCCCAAGGAGAUCAGUCCCGUCUUUCACCAGUUUCUCGACGCUACAUAUCAGCUAGUGAGGCAAAAUCCGACGCGCUUCGAGUUUAACGAACGCUUCCUCCGCCGGCUGCUCUAUCAUUUGUAUUCCUGCCAAUAUGGUACCUUCCUAUUCAACAAUGAGAAGCAAAGAAAAGACGCCAAGGUUGAGGAGCGUACUUCCUCGGUUUGGAACUACUUCUUAUCACGUCGCCCGGAGUUCACCAACCCGGAUUACGAUCCUGUCGUUGAUGACAUGACACGCGGCAAGGAGCGACUCCUCUUCCCUCGUGAGGGUGAAAUUCGUUGGUGGCACCAACUUUUUUCGAGAAGAGACGAAGAAAUGAAUGGUGCAUUGGAUGAGGCGGCGUCUGCAGCAGAGAAAAUUGCUACAUAUCAAUCAAUGUCAUCAGGACCGCAGCCCAAUACAGCUCCUGGAACUCCGCAUCCGCCCGGAAGUCCGAAGCAAGCACCACCGGGCCUCCCAACCAGCAAAUCAGUCUUGGUGGGUGUUGAAAGUGGCCAGACGCUCCUCACGCCAGAAAAACAACCGACAGAGCUUCCCAGACGCUCAUCUGCCUCUACCUCGGAGUUGCCGGAAGAUCCAUUGGGUGCUUUGCAAGAAGGUCUCGGGAACAUGAAAGUGCAACAGGGCGUCAAGCGUGUCGUUGGGAAGUCUCCAGGAAUCAGCGCGAGCGGCCAGGAUGGGAGUGGUGGCGUCUCAGGCCCAGGUUCUGCGCCAGGCGGUAAAUCCGGCAAAGAAUCGCCGGUUGAUUCUCCGCAGCCAUCGAGCACGCUGCCAACCGUUUAGCAGCCUGACGGUGUAUCUCAGGUAGAAUAGGAAGUAUCAGAAAUGCCAGCGGGAAAUAUUAUCGUCUUUCCCAUGUGGAACAGUUUCAGCAUUAGCGUUAUCAGCAGGAGAAGGAGUCGACCUGUCGUUGUGCAGCGUGCUAUGGUUUGUUAUGUGAUUUACAAAAUCAUUUGACUACUAGGUCUAGAAUAGUCCAGUCUAGUCUAAUUUCGAAUUAUCAUCCUCAGGACCACGUCUUCUUGGGUGUAUACAUCUGCACGCGAGGCGAAUCACAUCAAGAGAUAAGAUGGUAAAAACCCGGCAAGCACCAAAUAUUGACCGACUA